UCCAGCUAGCUCAACCGAGAGAAGAAUACUGAAGUUUUCCAUCAUUUUUUAGCACACCAUACAAUUUACAGACAAACAAUUAAUUCAAUAUGGCGGAGGUCACUGAGUCAGGCCCCGCUGAGCCCCAGGCGAGACAUGUCCUAUACUGUGGAGUUUGCAGUUUACCGCCGGAGUAUUGUGAAUUCGGUGGAAUGGUCAAAAAAUGCCAGGAAUGGCUAAAAGACAACCAUCCGGACAUGUACGAGCGCUUAUAUUCAGAGGGAGCUCUUAAUGCCAAUCUCUCUACUCUCUCGGUAUCCGUUCGUGAACGCGCAGCCAAAGACGCAGCUAAAAAGGAAGCGAAGGCAGCCCUGGCAGAGGCUCGCGAUGCGGAACGCAAAGCAGCUGCGAAGGUCCAGAUUAAACGGGUUGAGCGUAAUAAGCGCAAAUUUGUCACCGUCAUUACGGGCUUGGAAGUCCACGGGCUGGAGAAUAAGAAGGUAGCAAAAGAACUUGGCAAGAAGUUCGCUACUGGCUCUUCAGUGACCAGGGCACCAGGUGGAAUUGAAGAGAUUACAGUGCAAGGUGACUUGAGCGGUGAGAUAGAAGAGUGGCUGUUGGAUGUAUACGGGAAGGAAAUCCCCGAAGCAAAUAUUGAGUUGGUGGAGGAUAAGAAGAAGAAGGGCGGUAGCUGAAUGCUGAAAGGAACUAUUCUUGGACAGACUCGAAAUGAUGUUCAUUGCAUGUUGGGUAUCACGAAAGAGCUUGUAGUCUAUAGAUAUUACCUAGGAAAAGAAAAAACGAUGAGUGGAAGGACGAGGGCCGGCCCCCGUCGGAGUUCCACCAA